AUGCUGCUGGCGGAACCCGCUUCGGGAUUCGAACCCGACGCUCUUCCAGGCUGGCUUGGCGACACCUAUCGCUCCAUUCCUAAUCCCAAGCCAGCGGCAGCUGAACCCGAACCUGGGCUGAGCGAGCCUCGCAUCGUCCGGCUAUCGUGGAAACCAAGGGCGUGGAUCUACAAGCAGUUUCUGACACACGAGGAGUGCGAUCACAUUAUUGAAUUGGCGCGUCACAACCUGACUCGGUCGGAAGUGGUGGCAGACAAUGGCACUGAAGAGAUAGACACCAUUCGCACCAGCUACGGAACUUUCCUGGAAACUGCCCAGGAUGACGUCAUCAAGCGCAUAGAAGACCGCAUUGCUUCCUGGACCUUCCUCCCUCCUGAGAACCAGGAGUCGAUGCAAGUGCUGCGCUACGCUGUGGGGCAGAAGUACGAUGCGCACCAUGAUUUCUUUGACGAGGAUGAGAAGAAGCAGCAGGGCGGGCACCGCUACGCCACUGUGCUCAUGUACCUUACUGAUGGGUUCUCUGGUGGAGAGACCGUGUUUCCUGACUCGGAGAAGGACAAGCAAGAGAAGGACAACACAUGGUCUGAGUGUGGCAAGCAGGGUGUGGCAGCCAAGCCAGUGAAGGGCGAUGCGUUGCUCUUCUUCUCCCUCAAGCCAUCUGCCGAGCCCGAUCUAGCCUCCCUCCAUGCAGGCUGCCCCGUGCUGGCCGGGGAGAAGUGGUCCGCCACCAAGUGGAUCCACGUGCGCUCCUUUGAAGAAGAAAACGGUGACGAUGAGGCGGGGAACGAGGGCGGGAGUCCGUCUAAAAAGUCGCACCCGCCUGGUGCGUGUGUGGACGAGAGCGAGCAUUGUCCGUUGUGGGCUAAGGGAGGAGAGUGUGAGAAGAACCCCGGUCGUCCUCGCCGCCCCGUCCGACUUGCUACUGCUAGAUUCGGUCCCCAUCGCUUCUUCCCGCCUCACUUUCUCCUCCGCGUCGCGAUGGACGCGUGUGCGGACAGCGGUCCGGCGAAGCGCGCGGAGAUAUACACGUACGAGGCGCCAUGGCCCGUCUACAGCAUGAACUGGAGCGUGCGACCCGACAAGAAUUUCCGCCUCGCCGUCGGAAGCUUCAUAGAAGAUUACCGGAAUAAGGUGGAGAUAGUCCAGCUAGACGACAACACAGGCGAGCUGAGGAGCGACCCACGGCUGACGUUUGACCACCCGUACCCGCCCACCAAGCUCAUGUUCGUGCCGGGUCGCGACAUUGCUCGCCCGGACCUGCUCGCCACGUCCGGCGACUUCCUGCGGAUCUGGCAGAUAACUGAUGACGGCGUGCGCAUGCGCAGCGUACUCAACAACAACAAGAACAGCGAGUUCUGUGCACCGCUCACCUCCUUCGACUGGAAUGAGUCCGAACCAAGGAGGCUCGGGACGUCCAGCAUCGACACCACGUGCACCAUAUGGGACAUGGAGAAGGAGGUGGUGGACACACAGCUCAUCGCUCACGACAAGGAGGUCUACGAUAUCGCUUGGGGGGGAGUCGGCCUCUUCGCCUCCGUCUCAGCUGAUGGGUCAGUGAGGGUGUUUGAUCUGCGGGACAAGGAGCACAGCACCAUCAUCUACGAGAGCCCCCAGCCGGAGACCCCUCUGCUGCGCCUGGGGUGGAACAAGCAGGACCCGCGCUACAUGGCAACCAUUCUCAUGGACUCACCCAAAGUGGUCAUCCUCGAUAUAAGAUUCCCCACCUUGCCAGUGGCGGAGCUACAGCGCCACCAGGCGUGUGUGAAUGCAAUUGCGUGGGCACCGCACAGUUCAUGCCACAUCUGCACAGCAGGAGAUGACUCACAAGCUCUGAUCUGGGAUCUUUCCACCAUGACCCAGCCUGUGGAAGGAGGGUUGGACCCCAUUCUAGCUUACACUGCUGGAGCAGAAAUCAACCAGCUACAGUGGUCAUCUUUGCAGCAUGAUUGGGUUGCCAUAGCUUACGCUACAAAAUUGCAGAUUUUGAGAGUGUAG